AAAGUAAAGGAGGAGUUGGGUAGCAAACUUACAAUUGGGCAUAUCAGAAUUACAGGUAAAGAGAUAACAUCACAGAUUGCAGAGCUACUAAUCCUCCUCUUGCGGCAGUGUCUGUGACUUGUAAAGUUGGAAACUUUGAUUGACCAACGCCUGGACUUCUUGUCUCCAUACAAACCCAGAAAGGAUUGGAAAAAAUGAGCUUGAUCUCAUGAUAUAAAGUAACCAUGGUUUUGGGGGGUUUUUCGCUAUGAAAUCUAACCAUGGUUAGAUAACUUGGGUUAGUCUCCUUCACAACUGGAGAUGUGGGUUUGGGUUUGGGUUUGUCCACAACUCGGCUGCUGCUGCGUAUAAAACCACCCAGAUGAGCCCUUUGUCAUUAACAACCCUUACAAAAACAGAUAUGAACCUCGUCUCAUCGAUUCUUUCUUGAUCUCUUACCUCUUUCUGUUCAUAAUCUCCGGUGUGCCUCAGAGUUUUUGAUGAGAUAUAAACAGAAGGAUCAAACUGAAGAACACUUUGAACUCAGAAUUGUGACUUCUUUUACAUUUGGCUGAUAUUUGAUUCAUUCGGACCGAUCCCAGUUCUUCAUCUUUCAAAGAAUUUUUUGUAUCUAAGAUUUUGAUUGAAAUGGGUCUCUCCAGCCUUCCUGCCCCUUCUGAAGGAGUACUAGGAGUGAUCCUUGUGAAUACGGCAAUAUCGAUUUCCAUAUUCAAAGGCAUAGUUCGGUCGAUCCUCCAUGUCGUUGGCAUCCAUCUUUCGACACCAUCAUCAUCAGAUUCCAUGGAGAAUUCUCCUGAAUCCAUAGACUUCUGUCUUAAUCCAAAUGGAGGCUACAUUGAAGAGUUCCGUAGUCGGAUCCCAGCAAUUCUGUUUGACAAAGUUCGUAGCUGCAAAUGGCUAGAACACGACUGCUCGGUCUGCCUUACCCAGUUUGAACCUGAAUCAGAGAUAAACCAUCUAUCUUGUGGCCAUGUUUUCCACAGAGUGUGCUUGGAGAAGUGGCUGGACUACUGGAACGUUACUUGCCCACUGUGUCGAACUCCAUUAAUGCCCGAAGAAGAGACAGCCUCCUGCUUCUGGUGAGCAUUAUGAACAUUAUGAACAUUAUGGUUAAGGAAUAUCAUUCCAUGUACAGCAGCAUAGUGUAUAGAUAAUCUUAAAAGUGCAUCCGCAGGCCAUAGAAUUUGUACCUUGAAGCGUGAUGAGUGUGUGACCCUCUGUUAUUUCAUUGUAAAUAUGAAGCUUUCUGUUCGUCUU